UUCAAUUGCCGUUGCACACUUUAGCUCUGUUAUUCCUUCGAAACUUGAUCAGUGGUCCUAAGUGCUGUAGUGAAAGUCAACAGCUAUAUAUAAUUUGUUGAUAAGGUCCAGAAAACAACGUAAGAAAGAUAAAAUAACGUAAAAGGUUAUAGAUGCGCAUAGUUUUUGUGAGUUAAGACGAAAUGUCAACUGAAGGUGCUUCAUGCUCAAGUGAAAUUUCAGUGAACGUAAGCGACGCGUUCCAACGUAUUAUGCUGAAUAAGAGAUUCGGAAGCUGGAUUGAAUUAGAUAAUGCGCUAAAGGAUUUCCAUAAAAUGACCCAUACACACUAUGUUCACGCAGAAAGUAGAUUGUUGAAGGAUGUGAGAUAUAAAUACUUGUUCGUAGUGUUUCGUUGCACGUUUGGUCGUAAACGUAAAUCAGGUCUGAAUGUGAAUAAAAAACCGUGAGGACUCUAACUAAUGUGUUACAUUUAAGGUCUAAAUUUUUAAAUUGCCAAUCGAUGUUUCGCGUAAGAUUGGAGGGUCAACAAUACGUUAUAAAAUCUUACAACAUGUCUCACAACCAUCCGUGUACUAGUUCGUGGAUGGUUUGUGAUCCGUUGAGUAGAUGAUUGUCAUCAGAAGAAAAAGAAAACUUGAAACCAGUUAUAUUGCACUGUCAGUCGACGGACGAAGUUAUCGAAAGUAUUAAGGAAAGAACAGGUAAGCAGGUGACCGCUGCUGAUGUCAAAAUUAUGAAAGCUGAACUCUCCACUGGUAAGUGUAUAUAAAUAUAUUUCAGGUUGGACUCGGAAGCAGGUAUUGCAGAUGAUGCGACAAAACGGUGAAGUUAGAGAGCAUGCAGAAAAUGGAUCUAUUACGGCGAUAUGCUUCAGCAGUUAUGAUCAGAUACGGCUGUACAAUCAAUAUCCCGAAGUCGUGUGUAUUGAUUCUACUUAUAAAACUAAUAAUAAAAAGUGAAUAUGAUUUUCGUUUUGUUCUACUAUGUAGAUAUUCAUUAUUCCAGUUAGUGGUAACAG